GACAGAGAUCAUCUUCUUGUCACCUCCAUUCUUUUUUCCCUGGCUGUUUCAUCUUUAUUUCUUCUGUGAUUUGGUAAUGAUGGCAUUGCUAUUUGAUAGGAUUUCUCAUUUGAGAUAAUUGAUUUUCUUGAUAAGAGUGGGAAAGUUUUUUGCCAACAAUGGGGAGCAAGAUGAAGGAAGACGAGCGAACUGAAAAGGCUAUCAGGAGUUUGCUGAAGCUUCCCGAGAAUCGAAGAUGCAUCAACUGCAACAGUCUGGGUCCACAAUAUGUCUGCUCAACGUUCUGGACUUUUGUCUGCAUCAACUGCAGCGGAAUCCAUCGAGAGUUUACACAUCGUGUGAAAUCUAUAUCAAUGGCCAAGUUCACGGCAGAAGAAGUUAGUGCACUUCGUGCAGGAGGAAACGAGCGAGCCAGGCAAAUUUAUUUUAAAGAAUGGGAUACUCAGCGUGAUGCUUACCCUGAUGCCAGUAACAUUUUCAAGCUCAGAGACUUUAUCAGAAGUGUCUAUGUGGAUAAAAGAUACAGUAGUGAGAGCAAUGACAAGAUCUCACAGCAAAAACCGGCUGUGACUGAUGAUUACAAGGAAAGCAAGAAGGCCAGUGCAAACUUCUUGGGAUCUAGAAGCUUUCACUCUGUUGAUAAACUUGAAAUAAAGAGUGGAAACAGAUCUCUUAAGUAUUAUUUUGAAGGCAAGGAACCUAAACAACAACAACAACAACUUGUUACACAUAACCCAAAGUCUAGAGCCUUACCAAAGAGUCCUAUCCGCUUUGAGAUUGUUGACGAUAGGUACAGAGACGAUGGAAGUGUUAAGAGAUACGAUGCGCGUAGAGAGCCAAGAGGAAGCUCCAAAUCACUAGACCUCUCUAACAACAAGGAAACUUCCGGUUUGCCCAUUGUACGCCAUGCCAGUGAGCUCAUAGGCGAGAAUCAUCCUCGUUUGCGCGUUGAAAAAAUUGUCAAAGUUGAAAAAAAGAAGGAUCCAAUGAGCAAUCAGUUGGCUGCAUCAUCUAGUAAAAUGGAGAGUCCUGGAAGUUUAAUUGAUGAUGUACCUUCUCAAAAGGCCAUUGAGGGUCCAGCUCCUAACUCUUUGGAAGCUUUGUUGUUUGGAUACUCUGAUCCUUCUGAGGACAAUCAUCCUGCAGCUAACCCUGAGACCCAACAGGUGCCAAGAACACAAGACAGUGUUACUUCUUUUGUCACAGCACCUACAAUCUCGCACGCCGGUUCUUUAGAGCUAGCUCUUCUACCUGAUGCUGGUGAUAACUUACGUACAAAAGAUAUGGUUACAACAAGUGCAGCUGAAAAUAACCAGGUGGAUUCAUCUACACCACAUAAGGAACCAUCAGGAACCUCUACGGAACAGUCAACACUAGCUAUCACAAAUUAUGCUUAUGGAGAUCAUCAAGAAGAGACAAAAUCAAACGUAAGAAGUGCACUUCCUGAGGACCUUUUCUCUGGAGGCUUCUCAUUUGCCUCCCCUCAAGUUCAUGCUCAACAUCAUGGCAUGGGAUAUGGCAUGCAAUAUUAUCAAUAUCCUGUGGCUACUGGAGCCUUUCCAUACACGGCAAAACCAUCAUCAAAUCCCUUUGAUGUCAGUUAUGAUGAUACAUGUCCAAACCAAACACCACAAUAUCCUUCAAUGGAAUACACACAAGGAGGAGGCUUGCCUAUUGUGUCAGUUCCAAGAGGUGCUUCGGAUUCAUCAAGCAUGGCUGCAGAUUCGUUUGGACUAAUGAUGGCCUCUCAGUCUCCUUUUUACGCACCAGCUUUGUCUCCAACUUCUCCAUCUCUUGCAUCCAAUCUUCUCCCUGGUGCAUACGCAGGGCAGCAACCACAUGUAAACAUGCCCCCAUCUUUCAGAAGGCAAGAGAUGAAUAGCAUGGGUAAUGCAGAAGCUACUUACAACGGUGCACACUCAUAUCAUCAAGCAAACUUUAAUGGAUAUCCUUCUGCAAACCCAAAUGCUUAUGUUUCUAGAGGAAAUCCCUUUGACUGAGAAAGCGUAACGUCUGAGUUGAUUGGGAGCAUUUUAAUGGAAACUGAAUGAGAUAUAUAACCGUUACGAUUUGACUCACAAAAGCUUGAAUGCUACAAUACUCUUUCAAAACUAUCCGUUAAUUGCUUAUUGGUAAAAUUUAUAUUUAA